GAAAUUGCAUGUUUUAAGCCGUUACGAACGCCAAAAAUAGACCGCGUGAUGCAUCUCUCGCUCAUCAAAGAUAUCUUCAGCUGUCUAAAUAAACGGCUCUGCUACGAACAAAACCUCUUUUUGUUCCCAUUCUUAUGCAGUACUUUAGUAUGUUUUGUUAUGAAUCCCGGGUGUAAAUUAGAUUGACAACUAGUCACGAAUUACUUUUAAAAUCGCCAAAAUACGAUAUUUUUGUCUCACGGUUGCCCUCCUGUGGGGAUUUUCUGUAACUUCAUCCAGUGGGCGCAAUGACGUCACGUCGUCUCAGGAUUACAGUAAUUUCCGCUAUUGAAUUAACAAUAAUCGGGACCAAAUUAUUGCAGGAUGAAAGCAAUUGUUAUUUUUUAUUUUUAAAAUAUGUGUACAGAUUAAAUACUUGAAAAUUCGUUGUUGAGUGUUGAAUCUUGUUUUUUUGUUUGUUUAUACAAUUUCGUAAUUUAAAAUGGCUCACAAACGACAUACACAUUGUAACUGUAUCCUUGAAAUUGUAGAUCAACACAGGGGAAAUAAAAAAAUAAUAAUUUUCUAAAAACAAACGAAGGAACGUCAUUUCCUGUCUUUUUCCUGUUUACGUGCUACGGCUCCGAAUGAAUGCUUUAGCUUGCGCUUGUAUUAUCAGCGAGCUGUCAUACGCAUGUCUCGCAUCAGGACCACACUAGACAGCGUCACCAAGGCAGUAGGAAGCACAGACCUCAUUUCCAAGUUCUCCCGUCUGAAGCCAGGACCCUCUGUGGUGGACGUUGCCCAUGCAGAAAAGGUUCUGGUCAAACCCGAGAAGGUCACAUCGAAGGAACCUGAUGUUUCGCCACCUCCUGAAGCCACCGUAGGCGAUGUCGACUGUGUAGCAGAAGAUAACAAAAAAGGAGCGCAAGGUCAAGAAAAUCCUUUAGCCGUCACUUUGGACGAGGACAAGAACAUGGACGCACCUUCAAAGGAUCCCGCUCACGUAGAGGCUAAACCAGCGGACGGUCUUGAAACAAAAAGCCCGGUUCUUAACAGCUCACCUAAAAAAGGCUUCACCCACUAUCUAUCCUACCCUCGUCCAAGCGUUCGAGCUUUCGUGGGAAAUUACAUCGCUCCGCUGGUGCCCAAAUUCCGAGGAGAUGCUAAAACUGUUGAGAAAGACAAACUCCCUCCUGCUAGUGUAGUAGAAGCUCCUGUGGAGAAGGUGGACGGUGAAGCUCAAAAGGCAGAUGAGGCCAAGCAGCAGCAACUUUUGGCUCAAAUGGAAAAGAUUAAAGCCAGGGUGAGUGUUGACAACAGGACCAGAGCCCUUGUGAAAGGCCUACAGAGAGUCAGCGAUGUUCAGAUGCUCACCAGUCGAGUAGAGGAACUCAGCUGUCAUCUGCUAGAGUUCCCAGAGACGCGUGGCGUGGCCAUCAAGGAGAAAGCUAUACCGUGCUUGCUACGUUUGCGGCAGGCAAAAGAUGUCCGCUUUCAGGCAGCUGUGAGAGAGUCCCUGGCUUUGGUAGGCUACACCGAGCCGGUAAAAGGCAGAGGAAUCCGCGUUUUGGCCAUAGACGGUGGGGGAACUAGAGGACUCCUGGCCUUGCAGACCCUCCUCAAACUGCAGAACUUGACUGGAAAGCGUGUGCACCAAUUAUUCGACUACAUAUGUGGAGUCAGCACAGGUGCCAUCCUGGCUUUCAUGCUAGGGAUUUUUCAGAUCCCCCUGGACGAAUGCGAGCAGAUGUACAGGAAGUUGGGCUCGGAUGUUUUUAAGCAGAAUGUCAUCGUCGGGGCGGUCAAGAUGGGCUGGAGCCACGCGUUUUAUGACAGUGAAAUCUGGGAAAACAUCCUCAAGGAACGCUUAGGGGAGGGAUGUAUGAUAGAAAGUUCCAGAGAUCCAAACUGUCCUAAAGUGUCAGCUGUAAGCACCCUCGUGAACAGAGGCCUUCCACUGAAGGCCUUUGUGUUCCGAAACUACAGUUUCAUGCCAGGGGUGAGGUCGCACUACCUUGGAGACUGCAAAUACAAAAUGUGGCAAGCCAUCAGGGCAUCUUCGGCAGCACCGGGCUACUUCCAGGAAUACGUUCUUGGGAAAGAUCUCCAUCAGGACGGAGGCCUCCUGAUCAACAACCCCACAGCGUUGGCCAUCCACGAGUGUAAGUGCCUCUGGCCGAACACGCCGCUACAGUGCGUGGUCUCUCUCGGCACAGGACGACACGAAGUGGUGGGAAAGAACGGCACCACCUACACGAGCCUCAAAGCUAAGCUCACCAAUGUCAUCAGCAGUGCCACAGAUACAGAAGAGGUGCACACCAUGCUGGACGCCCUCUUGCCCCCGGACACCUACUUCCGAUUCAACCCUUACAUGAGCGAAGACGUGCCGCUGAACGAGAGCCGAGUAGACAAGCUGAACUUCCUCAUGGGUGAAGGCGAGCGCUACCUGGAGCGAAACGACGCUAAGCUAAGGAAAGCGGCCGGCGUGCUGACCCAGGAGAAGGGCGUCAUCCAGAGAAUGGCCGAGUGGGCCAAGCUCAAGGCCGAUAUGUACGAGGGCCCGCCGUUCACCUCCAAACUUUAACUAAUCUGGUCAUGAUCAGGAAUCAAAUUUCUACAGGACAUUUAGCUAGCACAUCAAUUGUUAUAUAAUGUUUACAUUCUUACCUAAUGAUCUACUUGAAAAAUGAUUUUAAUUGUCAAUAACCACUAGCAUGCUUCCACAAAUGCCUAUAAGAAUACAGCUGGGCGAUUUUCAGAACGACAAUACAAAACUUUUUUCGAAUGCUAGCUUAAUGCUAAUGCACAAUGGAAGGCGAUAUUCACUCGCUUACAAAAAUAGCAUUGCCUUGCAAUGGAUAUUCACACUGAAUGUGGUUAUAUUCAGACUUUGUACGCUGCAAAAAAACAAGUUAUAUCAACAAAGUAUUGUUUGUGAGAGGUAUUCGGUGCUCCUAUUUACUUCAUUAUGUGAAAAAAAUGUUGAGUUCCAUGUUUUCAUGGCAGAAUCUUUCAAAAGAAAGUGUGAUAACAAUGGAGCGAAAUGAAAAGAUCGCCCAGCUUUACCUAUAGUUUUUGGAAACAUGUAAAUACCUUUUGGUUUGACUUUUUAAGAUACAGUAUUGCACAUUAAGAACAUCAUGGAGACAUGCACUUUAGUGUUCAUUCUUAACCUCUAGAUAUGUAAAUCAUACUUGGAUGUGCUAUUUCAAUCCAACUUCAUCUGACCAAAGGUUUUUCGUCUUUUUCAAAGAAAUAAGCCUGCGUCAGCCGUGUGAUUUGCCAACACUUUAAUCCAAUCGCUGUCACUGUCAAAUUUCAUGGAAUAAAAAAAUGAGUUGUCAUAA